AGAAUCUCCACCACUAUCUAGGAGCUUCAAUCUCUCACCAUCCAAUUUUUUCCAUAUAUAUUGCAUAACUUGGUUCUCUUAUUCCUCAAGUUUUAGAAAAUAAAGUAAUAAUAAUCAUAAAGAAAAGGAUGUUAGAAGGGAAAGCAGUAAUGGGUGAGACAGAUAUGAAGCAAACAAUGAAGGAGGAUGCUCUCAGUUUGGCCGCCAAAGCCCUUGAUUGCUUCGAUGUCACCGAACCCACUUCAAUCGCCCGUUUCAUCAAGAAGGAAUUUGAUAGAAAAUACGGAUUGGGGUGGCAGUGUAUUGCGGGGACUCAUUUUGGAUCGUUCGUGACUCAUUGCAGUGGCUGCUUCAUUCAUUUCUCCGUUGGCAGCCUCACCAUUUUGCUUUUUAAGGGAUCAGCUGGUGAACCGGAGCCCAAACCGACAAUUUAGUCAAUUCAGUCAUUGUUGUGAAAAUAAUCAAGUCUUUAUUUGGAUUUAUGUAGUGUAUAAUCUAUAAGUCUAGUUUUUUUUUUUUUUCAACAGCGAUUUCACUCAUUUGUACGGUUUGUAUGUUAAUUUUUUCUACUUGCUUAGGAAUCGGAAUUUAAAAUGUUACAACAGGUAUCGUAUGAAUAUUGUACAAUAUGCUAAAAGAAUGAUAGCUAGUCUUUUUUUUGGUAAAAUGCGAAUUCAAAAUUGUCC